UGGUGUGACCGCCGCUGUUGUUACUUCUUCUUCUGCUUUGUAUUGGCUGAUUGUCGCAGCCGCUAAUCAUGAUAAGUUGAUAAACAAUAACAUUUUCCAGUAUUGCUACUGUUACUCACAUUGGUGUUGUUGUUGUUGCUGAUUUAUGAAUCUGCUUUAGUUUUGUGUGGACAUAUUCAUAUAUAGAAAUAUUUGUUAGGCAAACAUUUUGAUAAUAUUGAAGACAACAGUAUCAGCGUCACAUUGUUUGAUUUUCAUUGUAGCGUUCGUUUCUUUUUUUUCGGGGGGUUCCUAAUUAUGCUGUCAGGUGUUUUGAAAAUUAGUUUUGAUUUACUUGGCGACGGAGUAGCGUGGCGUGGUGUGUCUGCAGUAGUGGAGUGAAAUGAAAUGUUUUCCUACAUAUCUAACUGUCGUAUUUGCCAUCAUCUUCAUAACAUUUUUUAGUUUUUGUACAUUUUUAUUGUUGCAAAUAGACAACGGCGAGAGUUGGCACGAGUGUGAACCCGAUUUCGAAAAGAUAAGUUAUAUCGACCGCAGUCGAAUAUUACGUCAGAUACCAGAUAGCCGUGACCGUAGAUGUCCACGAACCUUCAACAGCUUAUCCGAGGCCGAUGAAGAAAUAAAAGUCUCCAUAAUAAUUACCUAUCACAAUGAAUCUCUGUCGACACUGCUGACGACAAUCUAUUCGAUUUAUAGGCGGACGCCGUCUCAAUAUCUCCAGGAGAUUAUUAUAAUUGAUGACUAUAGCGAAGAUGAUUCGACAUUUAAAUCGCUCAUAGAAAUCACCUGCCCACCAUUCAACAAUCGCACUCUUCUGCGAAUACAGCGUCAUCGGCAGCGUUGGGGCCUAAUCAAAUCUCGCAACAUGGGCGCCCUAAUGGCGCGUGGCAACUAUUUGAUGUUUAUGGACAGUCACUGUGAAGUGAAUCAACAAUGGCUCGAAUCGCUGUUGCACGUUCUGUUGUCUUCGCCCGGCAGUGGCCAUAAAAUGGCUGUUAGUCCGAUGCUGGAUAAUAUCGAUGCGGAGACGGGUGAAUACAAAACCACCGAGGCAUCCAUAAAAGGUGGUUUUGAUUGGAAUUUGCAUUUCCAUUGGAUUGCGAGAGAUAACAUUUUAAAUCCUUUUACAACUUUUAGAUCUCCUACCUUUGCUGGCGGCGUAUUUCUGAUUUCACGAAAUUGGUUUUUUAAAUUGAAAGCUUUUAACACUCGUCUGGAGGUUUGGGGUGGUGAGUCCUUGGAGUUUUCUUUGAAACUGUGGCUAUGUGGUGGUGAAAUCCUUAUUGUGCCAUGCAGCAGAGUGGGUCAUAUUUUCCGUAAGGAGCAUAUUUUUAAAUUUCCCGACAAUGAUGGCCAGGGUAUUUAUUUGAGAAAUUCCAAAAUCAUUGCCGAAACUUGGCUAGAUCACUAUAAGUAUAAUUUUUAUAAUCGUAAACCCGAAGCUCGAAAUAUUGUUUUAAAUAUUUCUCGUAGUGAAAUAAGGGAUUUCAAGGACUCCCUGCAGUGUCGUUCUUUCGAGUGGUAUUUAGAUAAUGUGUUUCCAGAAUUAAGAAUAGGAAAUAAUUUCACUGCCUAUGGCACAAUAUCCACGCCAAGUGAUCACUGUCUACAUCAUGAUGAGAAUCAGCUGGGAGGCCCCAUCGUCAUAAUGUCACCUUGUUCCAUGGCAAACAUAACCAAAUGGUUUUUGAUGAAAUCCUCAAGGCAACUACAAUCGGAUAAGGGACUCUGCUUGAGCCUACGAAGAGGUGGUAAUUUUAAACUAAUACUAGCUUUGGCUGAAUGUUCCGGACUGAGGCAACAAAAAUGGCUUCGUUCCGGUUUACAGUUAAAGAAUUUCUUGACCAGACUUUGUGUGGAGAUAACGGUAGAAUUGGAGCUGACAAUGAAUCCCUGUCGACGUGAAGCGCCGACGCAACAUUUUAGAUUUUAUCGCGAAUUGGAAAUGGUGUAGUUUUGUUGAAUUAUUUUUGUUAAAUUUAUGUAAAUAUAUUUAUUUAUUGAUUUGUUGUUAAGUUAAUGAAAAAGUGAAUUGUAAAC